CCGCAGUGGAGCGGUCACAUGGUAGAUUACAUGCCGUGACGUCAGGUCCUUUCCGAGGAUAGGGACUAGCCGCUACCGUCCCCCUCCCUAAACAGGCGCGGCAGCAUUAAGGUUACAUCCAUUACAUUGCGCACUUCCAUGGAACACCGAGCAUCCUGACAGAAAGGAAGUGAUAGUUCGAUAUAAAAAUUAACCAUCAUCCUUUACGCCUAAACCCCGCCGCACCACCACCGUCUGCUCCUUUGAGAACGCGCUAAUGACGAACGGGGACCGUCACCUAUCUAUUUCUCUUCAGUGAGUGAGGGUGACGCAGCCCGAGGGGCGUGGCGAAGAUGCUACCCUAUUGGACCAAGGGCCAUCACGGGCAAGGAGGCGGGGACUCGCUCUCCGUUAACUAACAAAACACCCAACAUCCUAUCCCCUGGUCCCUCCGCCGCCUGACUGACGCGUCUCGUGCAACAACAGGGAAGCGAUGCCCAACAUCAAGAUUUUCAGCGGCAGCUCCCAUCAAGAUUUAUCUCAAAAGAUCGCAGACCGGCUCGGACUUGAGCUGGGCCGCGUUGUCACCAAGAAGUUCAGCAACCAGGAGACCUGUGUGGAAAUUGGGGAGAGUGUACGAGGUGAGGAUGUAUACAUUGUGCAAAGUGGCUGUGGGGAGAUAAACGACAACCUGAUGGAACUCCUUAUCAUGAUUAAUGCUUGCAAGAUAGCUUCCGCCUGCCGUGUCACUGCAGUAAUACCUUGCUUUCCAUACGCACGUCAGGACAAGAAGGAUAAGUCCCGUGCUCCGAUCUCUGCUAAACUUGUUGCCAACAUGCUGUCAGUGGCUGGCGCUGAUCAUAUUAUUACUAUGGAUCUCCACGCUUCUCAAAUCCAGGGCUUUUUUGACAUCCCUGUGGACAAUCUGUAUGCUGAACCUGCAGUUCUAAAGUGGAUUCGCGAGAACAUUCCAGAGUGGAAGACCUGUACAAUAGUGUCACCAGAUGCUGGUGGAGCAAAGAGGGUGACCUCCAUCGCCGACCGAUUAAAUGUUGACUUUGCUUUAAUCCAUAAGGAGAGGAAAAAGGCCAAUGAAGUAGAUCGGAUGGUGCUUGUGGGUGACGUAAAAGACAAAGUUGCUAUUCUUGUGGAUGACAUGGCAGAUACUUGUGGUACCAUCUGUCAUGCAGCAGAAAAACUUCUAUCUGCCGGAGCUACCAAGGUAUAUGCUAUUUUAACACAUGGUAUAUUCUCCGGCCCUGCCAUCUCCCGGAUUAAUAAUGCUUGUUUCGAAGCCGUAGUGGUGACCAACACAAUCCCCCAGGAGGAGAAGAUCAGACAUUGCUCCAAAAUACAGGUCAUCGAUAUAUCCAUGAUCUUGGCGGAAGCAAUUCGUCGGACACACAACGGAGAGUCUGUUUCUUAUCUCUUCAGCCACGUUCCACUGUAACAACUUCUAAAAUAAAGAGGACACCAAGUUUUGCUCCAUCAGUAUCCCUUCUAUACAUCCUAAUCCAGCAGGGAUGCUAAGGGAUCAGGGCACGAUCUUGUCCCUCCCACCCAAAGUGGAAAUAUUUAUGUGCUAGUGUUUCCCCAAACCCACCUAGUGGCUUCCUAGUGAGAUUGGUAGCAUCCGUCCAUUUCAUUUUGUGUUGUAUGUUUUUAUGGACUGAGACGAAAAAAAAAAAUGACUGCACUAAAGGGAAAAGAGGAGUGAGAGGCAAAACUGCUGUGUUUGUGUUUUUUUUAUUUUUGUUUUUUUUUUAUUAUUAUCAUUAUUUUUAAAUAAAGGUUGCCCCUUCACAAUGGCCAUACAAGCCAUGGGAUUUUUUUGGCGCUGUGCAAGAGGCAUUGUGCAUUACCAUGGCCCAAAUGUUAGUGCUGUUACACGGGUACUUCCCCUACCAUUAAUCUUUCAUGGGGACCACAGGAUGUGUUACACCUGCAUUCAGCACUUAUAUGCAGGGGUCCUCCGCCAAUGAGGCAAGUUGAGUAACUCGCCUCAGGCGGCAAAGCCUCACUAGGUACCAGGGGCAACAAAAAUGACGCUCCUGGUACUUUGAGCCGAAUUUACAGUUUUCAAACUCUCCUAGUGCAGAGAGCCGCCCUUGUGAACCCCCCCCCCCCUGGACCAAAAAGGUGAGCACACCAGGGGGGGCAGCUACACCCAGCUGGGCCAGGAUCGCCCCUGCUUAUAUGCGCCUCAAUGUGUACAGCCCAAUCAAGAAGCAUGGGCUUAAUUUGUUCCUGUGGUCCCCAGCCGUGGAAUGCCUGAAGGAACAAAUGCCCAUGUGUUAAGGUCAAUAAAAAAAAAAAAAAUAUAUAUAUAUAUAUCAUCUAUUUAAAGGGACUGUUAUAGUGUUUUUAUGGUUAUUUCCAUUCAUAAAUAAGGAUAUAUUUUUCAUUUAAUUGUCCGCUCAGACAUGAUUCCCCCCCCCCCCCCCAUAAGAAUCAGCAGUACCGGUUUACCCGAGAGUAAAGUGUAUUCUGUCCUAUCCAUUUUGUGGACUGUCUGCGUUGCAUUUAUUUAUUCUGUUCAUAUAUAAUAUUGAACCCAUCUAGGCAGGGUAAAGUGCAAAUAGGGAACAAAAGGUCCAGCACUUUGGUGCUAAUUAGGAAGUGAGGGCAGUCCGAGCCUGUCGCAGGGACGGCAUAAGGAAUGGAAAUGGCAAAACGUGAAAACCCCUAGGUCCCUAGCAUUUCAAAAUAACCCUACACGUGUGAAUAAUGGAAAAAUAUGUUGUUAUUCUAAGUAUGCUAUAUUGAUAAUUAGGGCAGCGAUUAUGAUUUUUUUUUUUCAUCGUUCAGUCAUGGAUUGCUGUAAUUUUUUUGCCAUAGAGAUAAGCAGGAGCUGCUGUACUGCUUACCUCGUCUGCACAGCCUAGAAAUACCCGCUUAUGCGAUAAAAAUCACUGUUUGCCCAGGAGCAGUUACCCAUCGCAUCCAUUGUCAAUUAACAUGAUUUCAUAUAUGCAGUUUAUUGUUAGCUGAAUGCUUCUCUUUGCUGUUUCUCUUUCCACUCACCUUAGCACUGUGCUCAUUCAGCCACACUUCAACCUCCCAGAAGCUGUUGGCCUUGGUAUAAUUUAGGAAUGCACCGAAUCCACUAUUUUGGAUUUGGCCAAACCCCCGAAUCCUUCGCAAAAGAUUCGGCCGAAUACCGAACCAAAUAUUAAUUUGCAUAUGCAAAUUAAGGGUGGGAAGGGGAAAACUUUUACUUGUUUUGUGACAAGUAAAUUUGCAUAUGCAAGUUAGGGUUCGGCCGGGCAAAAGGAAUCUGCCGAAACCGAAUCCCAAACUGAAUUCUGGAUUCGGUGCAUCCCUAGUAUAAUUUGAUAUCCCUUGCCCCUCCUCACUCCAUUUUUCUCCCAAUCCCCCAACAGUAAGGUUGACCUUUGGGCACUCGGAAGGUAAAUGGUCACCCUAUCAGUCUGGAUUAUGCCCUUACAAAUAAGACAAGGUCAGCGUUGAUCUGUCAUCCCUUCUGAUAAACCUCCAGCCAGCUUGUUAUUUGAAGACUCUCCAGGCUUCAUUCAUCAGAAGCGGACCUACCCCUCCUUCCUCUAUGUCUAUCCGUUUAGUUCAAUGAUAGUUCAAUGACCCCCUUUAAAGUUAAGCUACUUCCACAAAAUUUUUUUAAAUAUGUUGAAAAGUAUUCUAGCUAUUUUUAUCAAGAACCAUUGCAAUUUGCUGCGUACACCAGGCUGCCUCAAUCCUAAAGGAACAAUAAAACCAAAAAAAGCAAGGUUAUUUAAAUAUAGGCACAUUUAUCAAGGGUCGAAUUUCAAAUUCAUGUGAGGGGUUUUGUUUUUUUUAAAUUCGAUUAAAUUUGACUUGGGGAAAUUUUUUGAUAAUUUUUUUUAAAAUUCUGAUGAAUGUAAGCAUCCCAAAAGCUCAAAUCUGAUUCGAUUAAACUCGAUUGAGUUUUUUUUCUCCGAAAAUCGAAUGUCAGGAAAAUCGAAUGUCAGGAAGGCUACAAACCUCUCCAAAUUGGUCACUGGACCUCUCCCAUUGAUUUAUACAGGAAUUGGGCAGGUUAUAGAUGGCAAAUAAUAAAGGGCCAGUAUAUGAUAAAUCUCAAAAAUCAAAUUCAAAUGUUUUAAAAGAAAAACAACUUGAAUCGAGUUUAGAUAAUUCCCUAGUUGAAUUUGAUGGAUUUGACCAUAAAGAAAAUUUUAAUUUUCAAUUCAACCCUAAUAAAUCUGCCCCAUAAUUUAGUGUUGCCCUGCACUGAUAAAACUGUUGUGUUUGCUUCAGAAACACUACUAUAGUUAUAUAAUGGUAUAUUAAUAAGCUGUUAUGUAGCUGGGGGGGGCAGCAAGGAGAAAAGACGGGUUACAUUGAAAAUAGCUUGGUAGAAUAUAAUGCUAUUAUACAGAACUUAUCCAUUAUCUGCUAUUUAUCCCUAUUUCAUUUGCCUUCUUUUUUACGCAGCAGCUUGUUUAUAUAAACUAUACGUUUCUGAAGAAAACAGAUCUGUUUUACCAGUACAUCAUAUUUUAUUUGCUUUCAAACACUUUUUUGAUGUAGCUGUUCCUUUUAACAGCUGUGAUAGUUAAACAUUGCAGCAAGGAUAUAGCUUGUGUAUUUUUAUGUUUUGUUAGACUCAUUGUAUAACAAAUUCAUUGUCUGUUUUGAGCAUGUACUGUAUUUCUGUAAGUAAAACACAUGCACCACCCACAUGCAGACAGGCAAUACACCUUAUUAAAGAUGCAACUUUUUUUCUU